AGUGCUGAGGAGAGAGAGGGAGCGAGCAAGCAGAGGGUGUUUACUCACUCGUUCUUCAGCCGCCUCUCCUGUUAAAGGGACAGUCUGUGUUUUGCUCUCAGCAUGUCUGAAUGUGAAACAGCUGGAACCAAACUGGUGUCUGUGGACUUUGAGAUCUUCGGUCAUGUUCAGGGAGUCUGUUUCAGAAUGUACACAGAAAAGGAGGGUCUGCAGCUGGGCCUGGUCGGCUGGGUGAAGAACACCUACAGUGGGACGGUGGUGGGACAAGUCCAGGGUCCAGCUGAUAUGGUGGAGGAGAUGAAGGUGUGGUUGAGUAAAGAAGGCAGUCCAUCCAGUCGGAUCACCAGAGCCUCCUUCACCAAUCAGAGAAGCAUCGACAAGCUGGAGCUGUCAGGCUUUAAGACCCGCUUCUGACCAACUCAUCGAAGGAUCUUGAGGAACUCUCCAGACCUGUGUUAAACCUAACUGUUGUUCAUUUCAGUUCAAUUUCAUAUCCAAGCUCCUGUCAAAGUUCAUUAAUGAAGACUGAUAAAUAACUUAUUGUAGCCAGAGUUGCUUUCAGAGUUUCUUUUUUGGAGUGCAAUGGAAAUGGAGAUUUCUUAUUGUUCCAGGUACAAAAGGUUUUCUGUCAGAAAAACAAAUAAAUAUAACAGUAGUGUGUCCCUCUUAACAGUAAUGACCUUACCAGAGCAUAUUCAAAAUUAGAUGAAAAACUAAUAAUUGAAACACACACACAUACACACACACACACAAUUCAGCUGAAAUACAUAAGAGCAAGUCACAUGACUCGAUCACCUACAUGAUUUGAUCCAAUUAAAUCACAGCAGGAAAAUCCCUGAUCAGCUGUCAUGGCAUCAACAACAAAAACACGGACACAGCAGGAACAGAGCAUCUAUUUACUGCUGCGACUCAGUGUGCACAUGUGUGUGUGUGUGUGGUUGUGUUCAAGGAAGAAAGGCUAACUGUGGGUACACUUCUUAAAAUAUUUAGCAAGAAAUAUGGGUUUUUAGUACGUGAAAACAACAUUUUGGGAAAAAAACACCAUUGUUGAUCUAUGGAAAUCAAUUUUCUCUCAUAAAAUAUCUGAACUUAAAAUUGAAGGCAUUGUGAAGAUCAGCUCUAGGGCCUUGUGUUUGUGCAAGUGUCAGCGCUUAGAGACUCACUCUCCCUGGAUACACUGUUAGAAGUAUACGCUUUGUUGUCAUGCCAACCCAUCUCGAGACAUUUCUCACAAACAUACACACACGCAUGUACAUGCACGUACACAUUGCUUUAAUCUGCAAAAGAGACAAGGGGAUGUUGGCUGUUUGAAUAGGAUCUGAUGUUAUGACAAACUUAUAUAACAGUGACAUACACACAGCUGCUGGAGCACAGGAUGGACACACUGACCCUCCAUCCACUCUCAUGAUGAAGCUGUGUGUAGUUGUAGGAGCGGGUGGCGGGGGGGACUGUAAAGGAUCAUAGCUCUAGGCGUUGUCUCUACAUGAAAUAGACAAUUCUCUGUUUUGUUUUCUUUAGUAUUCAUAAAAGCCCAUACAUGUGUAUUCAACAUGUUGUAUAUUAUGUUCUGUUACAAUCUGCAAACGUUUAUUAUUAUUAAAUCAACAUAUUUCAAAUACAUAUAGUUUUUAAAACUGAACUCUUGGCCUUUCAUGAAGAAAGAUUUAUUGCAGGUUUGGUAUAUUAGAAGUUCUGUCUAAGCUCCAAAUAGCCCAAAAUAAAGCUACAGGAUUUGCUCUAGCUGGUCCAUCAGGUGUGAGGCUGAGUACAGCGAGUAUGCAUGCCAGUCUCAUGGCUCAGAGUAGACAAGAAGUUGGCAGACUACAAUAGUGGCUAAUAACCGUAAAGAGAUUUCAUCAGGGAUGCUUUCCACGGUGUUCUGUCACAUCUGAAUGACCUGUUGAACAGCUUCGGGCACAUCAGCCUCGCAUGGCUGCACUAUGAUAGACAUCUCAGUCAACUGGAAGACGUGUGUGCCAAACACUCUCGCUCACUUAAACACGAUUAAAAAAAGGUAACAAUG